CGGUAAGGGGAAGGAAGGAAGAAAGAAAAAAAAAAGCCUUCUUCCGCUGGUUCGUUAUCCCGGUAUCUCGCGCAAGAACUAUCAUGGCGGCCGGACCUUUUAGUCUGUUUGGGACAGUCUUCUUGUUGGCGGCGACGUUUCAGUUCCCCUCAUGUUCGUGGGCUUCAGAAACGCCCGGCGGCGGUGGCGGGGAUGCUCUGGGCGCUGGGGAGCGGUUUAAGAUCGAAGGUCGCGCGGUGGUGCCGGGAGUGAAGCCCCAAGACUGGAUUGCGGGCGCCCGAGUGCUGGUGGACGGAGAGGAGCACGUCGGCUUCCUCAAGACAGAUGGAAGUUUUGUAGUUCACGAUAUUCCUUCUGGAUCAUAUGUUGUUGAAGUUAUAUCUCCAGCUUAUAAAUUUGAACCAGUACGAGUAGAUAUUACUUCAAGAGGAAAAAUGAGAGCAAGAUACGUGAAUUAUAUCAAAACAUCAGAAGUUGUUCGAUUGCCAUAUCCUCUUCAAAUGAAAUCUUCGGGGCCUCCUUCAUAUUUUAUAAAGAGAGAGUCUUGGGGAUGGACUGACUUUUUAAUGAAUCCCAUGGUUAUGAUGAUGAUCCUUCCAUUGCUAAUCUUUGUAUUAUUACCCAAAGUUGUCAAUACAAGUGAUCCUGACAUGAGGCGGGAAAUGGAGCAAUCCAUGAAUAUGUUGAAUUCUAACCAUGAGCUGCCUGAUGUGUCAGAGUUCAUGACAAGACUUUUCUCUUCAAAAUCUUCCAGCAAGUCUACUGGCAGUAGCAGUAAAAUAGGAAAAAGUGGUGCAGGAAAAAGAAGGUAGUUGCUUCUUUUCCUGGAACCACAAUUUGCACAGCUCUGUGAUGUGUUACCAUCUGGAUGUUCUGUGAAAGAACAGAAAGCCACUACUGUAACCUUAAUUCAGUUUGAAUUUUGAAAGGAUACAACUGUAGCUUUUUAAUCUAUUUAAGUACCUUGUUCUUGAAAUACCUGGGAGCAUCACUUCUGUCUAAAAUAUGUAAGGUCAGUACUGAUGAUAAUUUAACUCCUUUGUAGAAAUGACAUUAAAGAAUUUAAAUUAUGUGCAAUAUA